UUUUAUGGUGACCUAUUUUUUUUCUUGACACAAAUAGCCGUUUCCGGAAAUUACGUCAUUCACAGCAGUAUUUUCCAGAAAAAAUGGCAGCUGUUGACAUCGACGUGCCGGUAGAAACAGAGCCGCAAAUCUGCAACCAGGAGGACCUUGAACGUCUGGCUGAAAGUUUCAAAGAACAAGGCAAUGCAUACUACAGCAAGAAGGAUUACUCUCAGGCUUUCAACUAUUACACCAAGGCCAUUGAUGCAUGCCCUAAAAAUGCCAGUUAUUACGGGAACAGGGCGGCCACCCUCAUGAUGCUCUGCCGCUUUCGGGAGGCUCUGGAAGAUUCCCAGCAGGCUGUGCGUCUGGAUGACUGUUUCAUGAAGGGGCAUCUACGUGAGGGCAAGUGCCACCUGUCUUUGGGAAAUGCAAUGGCGGCCAAUCGCUGCUUUCAGAAGGUUUUGGAACUGGAGCCGAGCAAUAGAGAGGCUCAGCAGGAGAAAAAGAACGCAGCAGCACUGUUGGAAUAUCAGCGGAUGGCAGAUUUUGGCUUUGAAAAGCGGGAUUUCAGAAAGGUGGUGUUCUGCAUGGACCGGGCCUUAGCUUUGGCUUCUGCCUGCCACCGCUUCAAAAUCCUCAAAGCAGAAUGUCUCGCUCUGCUUGGACGCUAUCCAGAAGCUCAGUCUGUAGCAAGUGACAUCCUGCGAAUGGAUUCCACAAAUGCAGACGCGCUGUAUGUUCGAGGCCUGUGUCUUUAUUAUGAGGACUGCAUCGAUAAAGCGGUGCAGUUCUUUGUCCAGGCUCUGAGAAUGGCACCUGACCAUGAAAAAGCCCGACUGGCCUGCAGGAAUGCCAAAGCAUUAAAAGCUAAGAAGGAGGAAGGAAACCAGGCAUUUAAGAACAACAACUAUGAAGCUGCCUAUCAGCUCUACACCGAGGCACUCGCGAUAGACCCCAACAACAUUAAGACCAACGCUAAACUCUACUGCAACAGAGCCACAGCAGGAGCAAAGCUGAAGAAAGUUGAUCAAGCCAUUGAAGACUGUACCAAUGCAAUCAAACUAGAUGACACUUACAUCAAGGCGUAUUUAAGAAGAGCUCAGUGUUACAUGGACACAGAGCAAUAUGAAGAGGCCGUACGGGACUAUGAAAAGGUUUAUCAGACAGAGAAAACCUCAGAUCACAAGCAAAUGCUGAAGAAGGCACAGAUGGAGCUGAAGAAGAGCAAAAGGAAAGAUUACUACAAGGUGCUCGGGGUCGGGAAGAAUGCCACUGAGGACGAGAUCAAGAAAGCGUACCGCAAACGAGCCCUCAUGCAUCACCCAGACCGUCACAGUUCAGCAACACCAGAGGUGCAAAAGGAGGAGGAAAAGAAAUUCAAAGAAGUGGGUGAGGCCUUCACUGUCCUCUCCGACCCGAAGAAGAAGGUCCGCUAUGACAACGGGCACGACCUGGAGGAUGACGGCUGUUUUGAUGGCGGAGAUUUUGAUGCAAACAACAUCUUCAGGGCUUUCUUUGGCGGCCACAGUGGAGGAUUCACUUUCGAUUCCAGCCCAGACUCUGGACCUGGAAAUUUCUUUUUCCAGUUUGGCUAAAGCAGUGGAGCAUACACUGGACAAAGUCAAGUCGGACCCACAGUCACCUCAUGAUGCUCAUACUUCUGAGUGUCUUGCUAAAAUCUCAUUUAAAAAAAAAUCUUCUUUUUAAAUACCGCAUACAUUCCUAAAUUAACUCCCUUGCAUUGAUGCUCAGCCUUUGAGAAGGAUUCAAACAUUGAUGAAGUCUUUAAAAAGUCUUUUAGAUGCAGCUUGCAUCAGCUGGGCAGAGCUUGUCUCUAUUGCCAAAAUUGAUAUUUAUGUUCUAUGAAAUUUCAUGUUGUUAAACUGCCUCAGUCUCUAUGAAGGGGAUCAACAGUGAGGACAUACUGGCCAUCAUGUCUUGAUUAUUUUGAGAAGCUGUAACGAUGCAUACAUGUUUAAAGUUCUCCUUGGACUGCACAUCUCUAGUGGAAGAGCUGAUGUUCUGUGGAAGUUCAGUGACAAAUCUGACCUCAGGACAACACCGUUCUCUUAUGAGUGUGCGUCCAGAUUUUACCGGCUCUCUUGCCAAAUACAGAAUCCAGUUGCAGGGUUUUUAUUUCCUCUCCAUUCUUCAUUGUAUAUUUGACUCGAAUGUAAAACAUGUGUCCACACAUUGUCCUUCAGUCUUCCCUGAGUCUAUUUAUAUUUAUUGUACUGUAUAUCCUAAAGUGUAUGCAGCAAAAUCCCAGUGAUGUUUGUCUUCCUUUGUUUGUAAAUGUUUUCGACCCCAUCCUUUUCACUCAUUUUUCACCUGUCUGAAAUGGACCCACAUAGGAAUACAUCCACACUUUGUUUUUGUUUUUGUUUUUGUUUUUGUUUUCAAAGCAACUUCACAAACGUCAUCCACAUGUUACACUGCCCCAUUCAAAUUCAAGUGGUGCCUUACCAGAAUCAGUGAAGCGUCCUAAAGAAAUCCACAUUCUAGUUUUAAAAAAGGCAGAGGUUACACUUGUAUAGCAAUUUUUUGGUUUUAUGAUAAUCUGGAGGAAAAUCUUUUCAUCUUGGACCCAUGUCAUCAGUCA